UUCGUGAUUCUAUUCAAGUUAUUGAAUUAUUAAAGAAAGAUGUCUGGCUGAGAAUCAAAACGGUUUUGUAAAAAUUACCUUGUAAAUAGUUAUGGAAAAUACGUGUAGAUUGUGUUUAAAUGUUUCUCCUGAAAUUGUUGAGGAGUUAUUGGAAGGAUGUGAUGUUUUGCACAAGUUGUCAAAAUGUUUCUCAUACUACGUACGUACCUAUUUCAAAAAUUCUCUAACAUUUAUCAAACAAGAAAACGAACUAUCUGUUAACAAAAGCUCAAUAAGUGGAGAAGAGCUAGAAAAUUUAGAAACUGUCGUAAAAUCAGAAUUAACCGAGGCUUCAAAAUAUAGUACUUAUUAUGAAGAUGAUAACUUGUACUUGAAUGACUUAAACAAUGAAAAUUCUCUAAAUAAUAUUGAUUCAGAAGAGAAACGUACAUCUCAUAAAAAUCUAAGUAACAUUAAUACAGAUGACAUACCUACAAAUAUAUUAACUGAAAAUAAAAAUUUAAUUAUUGACACUUCAGCAAAAAUUGACGAAUUAAAAAGGCAUAUGUGUUUAACAUGCUUCGAAAUAUUUCCUAAUCCAAGAGAAUUAUUAAACCACUACCGUACAAUAGAACUAGAGCGAUACAAUACAAAUAAUAUUGGUAACAAUGACAAAACCGAGCCCGUUCAAUAUAAACUGUAUGAAUCUGAAGAUGGUACUUUAGUGUAUAAAUGUGAGAAAUGUGAUAGGAAAUAUGUACACAAGGCUUUAAUUGAGAGGCAUAUUAAGAGUCAUAUUGAGAAGAGGCCAUUUUUGUGCAAAUUGUGUGGUAAAACAUAUCAAACGGCAUCAAUAAUAGUUUCUCAUGGCAAGAUGCAUACCGGUGAAGUAUAUACGUGUUUAUACAACUGUGGCUACCAGUCUGUUCAUAAACACGUUAUUAAAGAUCACGAGAAACGUCACAGGAAGGAGUUUAAGUAUAAAUGUGAAACGUGCGGCAAAGGUUUUCAAGUGAGAACAUCGUAUGAACAGCAUCAGAACAUCCAUAAUGGCAUCAAACCGUUUUCAUGCGAAAUAUGUGGCAUGAAGUUCCAUUUACACAAAUACCUUACUACCCACCGCAGUAACGUCCAUCCACAAACGUCUGUUCGUAAACCUUGGGUAUGCAAGCACUGCUUACUACCGUGUGAUUCUAAAAACAGUCUCAAUAUACAUUUAAAGGAUAAACACGACAUUAUAGUAAAAAUUUCAAUACUCUGCGAUAUCUGCGGCAAAGUGUUCAGAGACACCCAGCAGCUUAAAUCUCACCAGAGGAGUGUUCAUCUCAACAUCAAGCCUUACACUUGCAGUGUAUGUAAUAAAUCAUUUCCUAAGAAAUUUACACUGAAAGUACACGAACAGACGCACACAGGGAAAAUGUAUGUAUGCAGUGUGUGCGAUAAAAAGUUCUUAAGACAAAGUAGUCUACAGAGGCAUUUACAACGUUUCCACGCAGAGUCGCAAGGCAGUGAUCAAAAAUGUAAUAAAAUGUUGCUAUCGAAUUUGAAAACACAAAGACAUGUCAAAAAUUCUUCUAAAACUGUUAAUAUUACACCAACAGCAUAAUUAUUGUAUAAUUGUCUUCCAAGUUGUAAUUUUAUAAUUCUUCUUGUGAUUAAUUUUUU